GAUCUGUGAAUGUGUGUAUUGUUUUGUGUGGUGAAACAAUUUAUAAAAUAUUUUACUUACUACUGUGGACCAAAUAAUUAUCCUUUAAAAUGGCUUCGAUAGCAGCAGCCCAAGUGCAGGAAGUCCGUUCUAUUACACGAAUAGAGAGAAUAGGAGCUCAUUCCCAUAUUAGAGGACUGGGGUUAGAUGAUUCCCUUGAACCACGAGCGGUGUCGCAGGGCAUGGUGGGGCAGAAGAUGGCGAGGAAAGCCGCCGGAGUCAUUCUGCAAAUGAUUCGAGAAGGGAAAAUAGCUGGUCGCGCCGUGUUGCUGGCUGGCCAGCCUGGUACAGGGAAGACUGCUAUUGCCAUGGGUCUCGCUCAGGCCCUUGGACCUGACACUCCAUUCACCAGCAUGGCGGGUUCUGAGAUCUAUUCUCUGGAAAUGAGCAAAACUGAAGCUCUAACACAAGCCAUCAGAAAGUCAAUUGGAAUUAGGAUUAAAGAAGAAUCGGAAAUAAUAGAAGGCGAAGUGGUGGAAGUUGUGGUGGAGAGAGCGGCCGGUGGUGGCGGCGCGAGGGUCGGGAGGCUCACGCUGAAGACCACAGACAUGGAGACCAACUACGAUAUGGGGGCCAAGAUGAUUGACUCACUGCUCAAAGAGAAGGUCCAAGCUGGCGAUGUCAUAACCAUAGACAAAGCGACAGGAAAGAUAAACAAAUUGGGGCGGAGUUUCGCUCGAGCUCGCGACUAUGAUGCCACUGGCCAACAAGCGCGCUUCGUGCAAUGUCCCGAAGGUGAGCUGCAGAAGAGAAAAGAAGUGGUGCAUACCGUUACUCUGCAUGAAGUUGAUGUCAUCAACUCCAGGACGCACGGAUUCCUAGCUUUGUUCUCUGGUGAUACGGGAGAAAUAAAAUCAGAGAUUCGCGAACAAAUCAACAGUAAGGUGGCAGAAUGGCGCGAGGAAGGCAAGGCGGAGAUGAUACCAGGUGUGCUGUUCAUAGACGAGGCGCACAUGCUGGACAUAGAAUGCUUCUCGUUCCUGAACCGCGCGCUGGAGUCGGAGACGGCGCCCGUGGUGAUGAUGGCCACCAACCGCGGCAUCACGCGCAUCCGGGGCACCAACUACCGCAGCCCCCACGGCCUGCCCCUCGACCUGCUCGACCGCAUGAUCAUCGUGCCCACCGCGCCCUACUCGCACCAGGACCUGCGGGAGAUACUCAACAUAAGGUGUGAAGAAGAGGACUGCCAGAUGUCAGCUGACGCUUUGACAGUGUUGACGCGAGUGGCCACGGAAACAUCCCUGCGGUAUGCCAUACAGCUCAUCACCACGGCUUCCCUCGUAGCCAGGAGACGGAAGGCCACUGAAGUCAGCAUGGAGGACGUGAAAAAGGUCUACUCCUUGUUCCUGGACGAACACCGCUCGGAGCAGUUCCUUAAGGAAUACCAGGAUGAGUUCAUGUUCGACGACGGUGCCGGUGAUGCACCUCAGUCAAUGGAGGUCUCGCAGUAAAUACAACAUACUUAUAAAUACAGGCGGACCUAAGUAACAGAGCCAACGGUAGACCCUGAUGCCGGUGGAUCUAUUCAUGAUAUGUUAUUCCAUUAUUUUUGAUUUAAUCCUAAAGAAUUUCUAAAUGUACUUCAUGUGUUUUGGGUUACAUUUGAUUUAAAGCGUAUAGCGUUGGUAAUGAUAAUAAUAAAAUUAUAUGUUAUAGAUUAUUUCUUCCACAGAAAAACAAUGAUAUUCGAAUAGAGUUUGAUAACAUUUCAUUUUUUUGUCGACCAUAAACGUAGACAGGAUUUCAGGUGUGGGGGUGAGGUUACGGAAGGAAACAAAAUUCUUCCAAAAAUAUUUUGUUAAGACACAUGCAAAGUACAUUUGUUUUUAUAACAUACCAUGAUGACUACUUAUCAUCGUUUCUAAGCAUGAUGUGGUAUCACGUGAGUCAUUAUAAAUGCUAAAAAAAGCUCUGUAACCGAAACCGAAACUAUCGGAUAUCCGAUAUAAAAAAAUAUUCGUAACCGUAACCGAAUCCGAAAUAAGAGUUUUGGAUAAUAUCGGAUAGGGGCGGAGCCUAAUUGAGACCCGUUAUGUAACCAUUUUAUUAGCUAUUUGUAAUUUACUAUUGAAACUCUAUUGAAUACUAUUAAAAAAUAAUAUCCGUAACCGAAAUUAUCCGAAACUAACGGAUAAUCCGAAAUAAUUUCACAUCCGUAUCCGUAUCCGAAAUUUCAUAUCCAUAACAUCCCUGCAAAAAAAAAACAACGAUUAAUGGACGACGUCUAAAUAAAAAAUGUGCGUAUAUUAGUCCAAAAAAUAAGGCAAUUCCGCACUAACUUUUAUUACGAAAGAAAGAGAGUCUAUAAUCUAUUUAGAAAAAAAAGAGGGAAAGAGGGAAGGCCUGCCAAAACG